CGAGGUUGAUACAUAUCUAUUGUUGUUAACUACGAGUCAUACAUGGAUAUUAUACAGCACACUAGCACCUUUUGGUUAAACCUCUUCGAGUUGGAAUUCUGCCCGAACGCCCAAAUGAUCCGUCACCCAGGCUUUCGCCAGACCCCAAGAGCGCUUUAACUUCUGCCGAUCCGCCUCAUCUUCGACUUCAACAUCCAGCCCGAAAGUACCGUAAUCAAGCAACGCUGCCUUUCCGCAAAAGAGCACCUUGUCCAUUCUGGACGUUCCAUACCGCUGUCUGUCAUUGCUGCGGCCCAUCAAUCCCCAUGUCGCCCCAGCCUCGUCUCCUUGUUUGCCGCCAGUCUCGAGAUACGCAUCCUUGAGCCUGUUUUCCUUGUGGAGGGUCCAGUCGAAGCGCUCGAUGGCGUUGAGGUCUCCCGCGAGAAUGCCAAGAUGUGCCUGGUGCAAGAACCUGGCCGCCGUGGCAAGUUGCGCCGGCCGCUUCGGUGGCCGGGCCACCAGGGAUUCCAGGUGGGUGCUGCAUACACGAAGGACUUUGUCUCGUGGGAUGGCAAUGUCGACAAAGAGGGCAUCACGCUGCAUCGACGAGUUGGGGUAGUAGACACGGAACACGGCCUUGAUGGGGAGCACCUUCGGCACAAGAAUGCAUGUUCCUGCAUCGGUCGUCAGCAUGCAAGACUUUCUUUCGCUGGCUUUCUCACCGAAAGAACUCACCAUAGCCAAAUCCGGGAGGAAAGUCGUGGAAGUCCCAGUUCUCUCCAGUCAGGUCGGUCACAUUGUAGUUUUCCCUAACCCACUCGUCGUCCGCUAUCACAUCCAGGUCAGAUGCAACCAUCUCGUUGAACAUGACGAUGCACGGAGUCCCGUCUUGAGAAGCCACUAAUGAUCGGACAUGGUUGAGAGCAGCCCUCAUGCGAGCCACGGGCACAUCCAGCUUGAAGUCGAUAUUCCAGGACCAUACAGAAAAGCGUGUGGGUGUGUUGGAACCAUCCACGACAUUUUUGGUUGGGCUGGCGAAGCUCCUCCAGUGGCCAUUGACAAAGGCCGAAUAGCCCUGGUGUCGGGGCGCUGGUUCAGAUUUCCAGCCUUGGAGUGGGUUGAACAUGGUCUUGUUGUGUCCAGUGACGACGAUGCGGGACGCUUGGCGUCUCUGGCGAUGAUACUGCGGGGGAGUCUGAGUGUUCGUGUUGGUAUAUAUGUUUCGCGGGAACGGAGGCCACAGGCAACCAACAACAGUCUUGCACCGGAGGUGGCUUUCUCCACGACAUCCGAUCAGGACGGAGCAGGGACGGGUCCAUCUCGGCGGCACUUUAAGAGACAGCAUCACUCUCCCGGCUUUUGGUAUCAAGGGUCCUGUCAAUCAAUUGGUGCGUCCGACGAACCCGGGAUCCGAGGUGGGAGCGGCAGUUGUUGAGAUGUGUGUGCCCCCCACUCAGCCACAACAGGCACGACAGCACACAAAUUCGACGAUAGGGCCGUGCCGCCCCUAAGGUUCUUGGGUGGGAUGAAGAACGCCACUUACACACGUAGACGGCAGUCCAACAGAGCCUCACUAGCACAUUGCCGUCCUCUCCCACCUUUCUAAUCGUCUGGUAUAGCAACAUAUGCCUUUUUGGAUUUAUGAUACAAUGUCUCUUCCUUUUCUCCCCGUCCCGCGCGUCCAAUGCUUUGCCUCUGCUUGUACACCAUCAUGCCGCGUCAUACUAUACAAUGUUCAGUCGCUGGUCAGCCUCCGACUAUUCCGAAGAUCGGCGUCGACAGAUACCUCAAACUUUGUGAAGCAUACACGACUCCGGGAGGAAAAGAACAUCGCAUCAACCCAUCGGGGUCUGCCGCUGUUCCACAGAUGGCGAUAGCCUCCCCCGCAAGCUGGACCCUCACCUAUCGGUCGACCACAGUACUACAUAUGGCUCUCAGCCCCUUCUGGCAAUGAAACGCGCUGGCUGACAUGCAUAUAGAUGCCGUGUGAUUGAUAAUGCGAUAAUCGCGCGCCUUGAGGUUUUACCUGCUCAUAAUCGGAGACGGACGAUCCUCUCCCUUUCCGGUCAUAAUUGGUCUUUCCAUGUGCUGUCAAAGGUAUGAACCCAAAGUUCUGACAGCUAGAAGCUUGUCUUGCUUCAUAUGAUCUACUGCCAAAAAAAGUUUGCACCUGUGGUCCGCGUGUGUUUUCCAAAAGUGAGGUUCUCACAGCCUGCUCAGGUCUGGUGCCUCGCACAAGACAGAAAUCUACCCGUGGCUGCAUAACCGUUAUGUCAUGUAGGGACCCUAAGCCCCGACAGAUAGUCUCACAUUCGGGACAAUAGCCGGUAAUGCCGGGUUUUACCUGCUACCUGCACAUACUUGCAAAACCUGAAGCAGUUUUCUUAUGUCCAUCGGGGCCGGAGCCGUUGUCUUGGCCAGAACAUUCCGUCCCCGUGCCUGCCCAGCGCCAUUGUUGGUUCUCCUUUUCGAGCCCCUUAUUCAGUGCCCGUUGGAAUGUUGCGAGUGUCGUCACCGAGGGAGUCAGCAUUUACUGUGGGGAAUCAUGUAUCUUGAUAGUGUCUUACAUGGCGGUAUAGUAGGACAGGUUGGGGGGAUAUAAGGACAGCUCUGAUGCCAUGCUGCCAUCGAUCGACUCAGGCUAGCGUCUUCGUGGACAGCAAGCAUAUUUCUCUCUUUUGAACCUUAUCGUUUAUCAUCAUCGGUGAAGCCUUCAACAUGUCCGUCACCGUCACCGAAGAACCGGCGACGAUGCUGGCCUGGGAGAAGAACCCACUGGCGCUUCCAUUGCCCAAGGUUGAGAAGCCUGCUGAGACGCUAUGGCAACGGAUCAAGUGGGAAAGCAUGAUUGUUCUCACUGUCUCCCCGAUAAUAGGUCUAUACGGGCUUCUCUUUGUGCCCUUGCAGACCAAGACAUUGUGGUGGUCUGUCUUCCUGUACUGGUUCAGCAUCAUCGGCUCAACCGCCGGCUCCCACAGACUCUACUCCCACCGCUCCUUCAAAGCCUCCACCCCCCUCCAAAUUUUCCUCCUCAUCGGCGGCACCUGCGGCGUCCAAGGCUCGGCCUUCUGGUGGGCUCGCGAGCACCGCGCCCACCACCGCUACACCGACUCGGACCUCGACCCCCACUCCGGAAAAGAAGGCUUCUGGUGGACGCACGCCGGCUGGAUCCUCUUCAGGCGAGACAUCCAAGCCGGCCCCACAGACGUCUCCGACCUCAAGAAGAACAAGCUCGUCAUGUUCCAACACCGUCACUACUUCAAGCUCUUCCCUUUCCUGGCCUACGUCAUGCCAGCGGCAGUAGCAGGAUACUUCUGGGGCGACUGGGCAGGCGGCAUCUGCUACGCGGCCAUGCUCAGGCUGACGAUCGUCCAACACAGCAUCAUGUGCAUCAACUCCCUCGCCCACACCUUUGGCGACGCCCCAUUUGACGACAAGCACACCCCCCGCAACCACUUUUUUACGGCCAUCGUCACUGCCGGGGAGGGGUACCACAACUUCCACCACCAGUUCCCUGUUGACUACCGCAAUGGGAUCAAGUGGUAUCAGUACGACCCGACAAAAUGGUUCAUCUACCUCAGCUCCCGGCUUGGGUUGUCGACGCAGCUGCAGACUUUUCCCCAAAACGAAAUCAGCAAGGGGGAGCUGACCAUGACGCUGAGAAGACUGAAGGAGAAGCAGGAGGAUAUCAAAUGGCCGGCUAGGCCGGACAAGCUCCCGCUUGUGAGCUGGGAGACGUUUCAGAGGGAGGCGAAGAAGAAUUCGCUGAUUUUGAUCAAUGGGUACAUCCAUGACGCGAGCGAAUUUGAGAACAAGCACCCUGGCGGAAAGGCGAUUAUUAGGGCGAGGGUGGGGAAGGAUGCGACGGCUGCGUUUGGAGGGGGGGUUUAUGAGCAUAGCAAUGCUGCGCAUAAUUUGCUCGCGAUGAUGAGAGUUGCUGUGCUCGAGGGCGGUGUUGAGCAUGUCAAGUAUGUGACGCCGGCGGAGAGGUUGAGAAUUAUUGAGCAUUAUAAGGAGGAGGAGGAAAGCCAUUAAAGAUUUGGAGCAUUGAAAGAAGCCACAACGGGGGUUGAGCGGAGACCUCAGUGGACUUGGAAGUUGCAGACAGUUCCUCAGUCAUAGACUAGACCUCGAGAUACAUUUACAUUAGACAGGAUGAUCAUCGAUAGGUAGAGGCGAUGUGUUACGAUAGGUGGCUAGCAGAGUGGAAUGGAUUCGAUUGUGAUGUAUCUAGACGGGAUAUGAGACCAAUGACAGAACAUAUUACACACUGUUGACUU